AUGGCACCCAAGGGAGAGCUGCACAAGGUGAUUGUUGUAGGUGAUGGCGGUGUGGGCAAGUCUGCCCUCACGCUCCAGUACAUGUAUCAAGAGUUUGUGGAGGAUUACGAGCCCACCAAGGCGGAUAGCUACCGUAAGCAGGUUACCAUCGAUGGCGAGGAAUGUGCCGUCAACAUCCUCGACACGGCUGGCCAGGAGGACUAUGCUGCUAUCCGUGACAAUUACUUUCGCGGUGGCGAGGGGUUUCUUUGCGUGUUCUCGUUGACGGAGACGCCAACCUUUGAGCACAUGGAUGAGUUCCGUGAGCAGAUUGAGCGCGUUCAUGAGGGUCGUCGCAUGCCCAUGAUCCUCGUGGGUAACAAGGCUGACAUGACAAGCGAGCGUCAGGUUUCUGCGGACGAUGCACAGGCCAAGGCCAGCCAGUGGAAUGUGUCUUAUCUCGAGACCUCGGCCAAAACCAACCAAAAUGUGGAUGAGGCGUUUCUGAACUUGACCAAGCUCAUCAAGGCGAGCAAGCUCAGUAGCGGAGCCCCAGCCAAGAAACCCACCCACCGCAACAAGAAGAAAUGUGUUAUUCUCUAAACCAGCUUGUGUUUUGUUUUUUGUGACGUGCUGUCAGUGCCGGACGGCGCACCUCUGUCCUUUUCCUUUUCAAGUGUUCUGUUCCUUAUCGUGCAGCAGCCUUGCUGCGAGGGUCAACAAACAGCCCUCCGCUUCCACCCCAUCAUCAAGGGGCAUGAGUGGAAAGCGCUUGGUCGUUAUCCUCUUUGUGCUAAUGC